GAUUCCCCCCCGCGGCAGGGCCCUGCAGAGGCUGUUGCCUGAUGGCGGUUGCCGCAGCUCCCCCCUCCUCCCCGCUGGGAUUAGGCAGCUCGGGGCAGCAGUCCCUUGGCCGGAGCUCCCGGGGCUCCGCACCCCUUCCCCGCCUGGCCCUCCGGGUUACCAGUUGCAGAGGUCGGCUCCGCACGGGCGGCCGCAGAGGAACACGCUGCUUCAGGACGCCGGUGUCCCGUAGAGCCUGGAGGUGAGCCCCCGGCCGCUGCACCCGUCUGAUGCUUCGAGCUGGCAGUGCAGAAAUCAAAACUAAUCCAUCAUGUCCAUCCCGUUCUUUCACCUGGGAGGGAAACAGCCUCCCGACUGACGGGCCCACGAUCCAUCCACUUUCUAAGGGAGUCCAGUGCUGAAAGCAAAGAGAGGAAUUUGGCGUCCCCCAGACAAACUUGUGGGUCUUCUCGUGGCCUGGAAGGCAAGAUGCUAGGGGUGAAAUGGCUGUCUCCCAUCUGCAAUUUUGGAAGAUGCUAAAAGCAGCUGUUCAGGAAGGUGUCUUUCAGAGUUCCUGUCCCAUCUUCCAAAGACAGGGGAAGGACCACCUUUUUGGUGAUGGGAUCAGUGUCUCCCUGGCUCCUGGAACCGUGUCCAAGCCCCUCAGCCUGUUGGUGAGCUGAAGGGGAUGGGUGUUUGUGCAGGCUUUGAUGGUGCUUUGCUGUGAGGGACAAAAGGCUGCCUGCCGGCUCCUGAGAGACUGUCCGAUCAUGGUAGCUGCUUUCAGUUUUCACAAAUGUUGGCUGAAGAAGAGCAGAGUUUGAUUUUAAUUUUUUUUAAUAAUUUUUCAUUAGCAAAUUAGCACACCAUGCCUAGUACUCCUCAUAAGGAACCUCAGAGACAGACAUCUUCCUGUGCCAGCCUGGAGAGGGGUCUGAGCAAGGGCGGUGGUUUUCCUGCUGUUACUGUAGUUCCUGGGUUUACUGACCUGCAGCCCAGGUUCUGUCUGUUCAAGCCCACCUAUACUCCUGUCCAAGGCAUUGGUUUAAAACCCAGUAUUAAAAUUUGUCAGAGAAACUGUUGCAAGCCUCGAUUAAUAUCCAUUACAUUUCUAUAAGGGCUUAAUUCAGGCAAUUAAUAGAUUGGCAAAUUGUGACUGGAUUGCACAAGUAUUGGUUAGUGUUCCCUACUGAGAGCUGGCAAAAAAAAAAAGGUAUUUUCUCUCUGUCAGAUGCUACCGAAAACCUUGAGAUUGAGAGGUGAGGCUGACUUUGGAGACUGCCAAAAAGAAAAAGCCAGAAACCUGAUCUAGGAGACCGCUCCAAAAGGAAGAUGAGAUGAGCAGGGGACAUGAGAUUCCUCAUUCUCCACCACCAAUCCCUGCCCCAUGGAUUUCAACCUGCUGGCAGACGCAGAGGCUCGCAGCCCAGCCUUGUCUCUCUCGGACUCUGGAACUCCUCAACACGAGCACAGCUGCAAAGGGCAGGACCACAGCGACACUGAGAAGUCCCAGCAAAACCAGACGGACGACUCCAACCCUGAAGACGGCUCGCUCAAAAAGAAGCAGCGGAGGCAGAGGACACACUUCACCAGCCAGCAGCUCCAAGAGCUGGAAGCCACUUUCCAGAGAAACCGUUAUCCAGAUAUGAGCACCAGGGAGGAGAUUGCAGUCUGGACCAACUUAACAGAGGCACGAGUCCGGGUCUGGUUCAAAAACCGCAGAGCUAAGUGGAGGAAACGAGAGAGGAACCAACAGGCCGAAUUGUGCAAGAAUAGCUUUGGAGCCCAAUUCAAUGGACUGAUGCAGCCCUAUGAUGACAUGUAUUCCAGCUAUUCCUACAACAACUGGGCCACUAAGGGGCUUGCCAGCAGUCCACUCUCGGCCAAGAGCUUUCCAUUCUUCAACUCCAUGAACGUCAGUCCCCUCUCCUCCCAGCCCAUGUUUUCCCCACCCAGCUCCAUCACCUCAAUGACCAUGCCUUCAUCCAUGGUCCCUACUGCAGUGACCGGAGUACCGGCCCCUAGCCUCAACAACCUGGGAAACAUCAAUAAUCUGAACAGCCCAAGCCUCAACUCUGCUGUUUCAUCCAGUGCCUGUCCUUACGCCUCUACAGCCAGCCCCUACAUGUACAGGGACACGUGCAACUCCAGCCUGGCCAGCCUGCGGCUGAAGGCCAAGCAGCAUGCCAACUUCACCUACCCAGCGGUGCAGACAGCAGCUUCCAACCUGAGCCCUUGCCAGUACGCUGUGGACAGGCCCGUAUGAAGGGCUGCCCUCUGCCAACCAGGGACUUGACCUUAGCCUGACGAAAGGAGACCUUUAGCCCUACAACAGCGUACGUCCUGCAGAGAAUGAGAGUGAACUUGAGAGCGUAAGAGGGAGACAGGGAGAGAGAGAGAAAAGGAUGAGCAGGCAGACGAACCUUUAUGAAGAUUUGUCUAUUGUAUGGUGAAUUUUGACUGUCUUUCCCCUUCAAAACCCCUUCCCUUCUUGCCCACCAAACCUUCUCCUCCAUGGUAAAAUAAACUUAAAGAGUCUACUGGAAGCCCCAUGGGGAAAUAGGAGCCCCAACAUGUAGGGUGCCUGACCCAUGGGCAGCACAACCAAGUACGUUUCAAUCUGCGCCUCCAAGCCCCACAGGGGUGAGCCCCCCAAAUUCCUGGGACAGCACAGGCAGCCUCACACCAUCCCUGCAGGAAAUAGCCAGAGACAGGACAGCUUGAAGGGAGUUGCCAGUUGGUGCUUGGCUGAACCAUAUUCUCUGCACACGUGCAAGACUUCAAUGAAAGAUAUCUUGCCCAUUUAUUUAUCACACAGCCUGUAAGGAAGCCUUGUCUCAGUCAAUUAGCCUUUCUUUAUAAUGCAUAUAUACACAUGGCCCUUCAGACUUGAAACCUUUAGGAGCUGGGGGUUGUAAGAAUAUAAAAUAUGUGUGUGUAUAUAUAUAUAUCUUAUAUAUAUAUACAAAUACAUAUAGAGAUAUUAAAAUAUGCUUUCUUGUUUUGUAUGUGAAAUAAGCUACAAAGUAGACCUUAAAACCAAAAACCCUGUAAAGAAAGCACAUCCACCGAGGCAGUGUCCUGGCUGUCAUGCUUUACUGCUUCAGUCAUUUUGGUCAGACACACUGCUGCCAGCAUACAUCCCAAACAUCCCCAUCUGCAACAAUCAGCUCCUCCUUGCACAUCUCCUUCCCUUCCCCAAAUCCCAUUUCCAAAAAAAGAUAAUAAAAGUUGGCACAAACCCUUUAAGCUUCUGUAUGUGUGGUCAUUGAAAGCACAAAUCUGCAUCUGAAGAUUCUGAAAUCAAGCGCCAGUAGCCCAGGUAAAGGUAAGCAUCCUUAAAAGCAGCAGCAUGAGGCAAUCUGAGUUGGAACAGGAGCUGAAGUUGGAAGAGUAGUUCAUAAUCCUCACUUACAUAUCAAACACCUGGCUCCUCAGAACAACAGAAGUCCACACAAAGAGUAGGAAGGGGAAAACAAGCCCCCUCCCUGUUUCCUGUCUUCAUGCACCCGGUCCAGCAGGAAGGCUGAGCCUCUUCUGGCUCAG